AGUGCUUUUGAUUGACAAAUUCGCCAGAAAAAAUUUUUGUUCCAAAAUAGAAUCUGUGAAGUGAAACGUUUCAGCAAAAAAAUGGAACCAAAAACAUCCAUCAAUGAAACAUCACCAUUAUCAUCAUCAUCAAAUAAUCGUAGUAUGCCUAAAUUUGAAGUAAGCGCAGUGGAUGAAGAUGAAAUUCGUAAAUCAAAUGAAUCAACACCGAAUCGUAAUAAUCAAAAUCAUAAUCAAAAUCGAAAUCAAAAUCAAAAUGAUAAUGAUGAUGAUGAUGAACAACGUGGACAAAUAAUAGCAAUAAAAAGUAUUGAUGAUGCAGCCGAUUCAUCGGCUGUUUCACCAUUCAUUGUAUCACUGCCAUCGGAUGAAGAUGAUAAUGAACAAAGUUUAUAUGAUCGUAAUCAAAUGUUUUUAUUUAGUGAAGAUGAAGAUAAACGUGUAUCAUCAUUAUUAUCACGUUUAGCUAAUUAUGAUGAUGCAAUACAACCGAUUGAAUUGGAACCCGGUGCACCGGGUGCAACAGAUUCAUCCGGAACCGCUACGAAAAUCAAACCAAAACCAAAAGCUAAUCUUGGUGUAUUGACCGGUGUUUAUCUACCUUGUUUACAGAAUAUAUUUGGUGUUUUAAUUUUUAUACGUAUGGCAUGGAUGACAGGUACGGCCGGUGUACCGGCUUAUUUUGCUAUCGUAUUAUUAUGUUGUUCGGUUACAUUAUGUACGGCAAUAUCAUUAAGCGCUGUUGCAACUAAUGGUAUUGUACCUGCAGGUGGAUCAUAUUUUAUGAUUUCACGUAAUCUUGGUCCAGAAUUUGGUGGCGCUGUUGGUGUAUUAUUUUUUCUUGGUACUUGUGUUGCUGGUGCUAUGUACAUUACUGGUGCCGUAGAAAUAUUGCUCAAUUAUAUUUCACCAGAAAUAGCAUUGUUUGGUGAUUUUGAAGCCGAUAAAAGUAUAUUAUAUCAUAAUAUACGUGUUUAUGGUACAAUAUUUUUAAUAAUUAUUGGUAUAUUGGUAUUUAUCGGUGUACGAUUUGUAUCGAAAUUUGCACCUGUCGCAUUGUUUUGUGUUUUGGUUUCCAUUCUAAGUGUUUAUUUGGGUAUUUUUGUCAAUUAUAAUGGUAUUGAUAAAUAUCAAAUAUGUACAAUUGGUGGUAGAAUAUUAUCAUCAAAAAAUAAUAUUACCUGUACUGAAGAAGGUUUACGUGAUGUAUUUUGUAACUUGAAUGGUACAAAUGAUGGUACAUGUGAUGAUUUUUUUAUAAAAAAUCAACAUACAAUAAAAUUGGAAAAAGCAAUUCCGGGUCUUAGUUCGGGUGUAUUUUGGGAUAAUUUUAUGCCAAAAUUUCGUGAAAAAGAUGAUCUAGUCAGUAAUGAUAAUGGAAAAUAUCGUGAAAAUAAAUCAUGGAUGGCACAAUUUAAUUAUGUUUUUGUUGAUAUUAGUACAUCGUUUGCAAUAUUAGUAUCAAUAUAUUUUCCAUCUUGUACGGGUAUUUUAGCCGGUAGUAAUCGUAGUGGUGAUUUAGCUGAUGCACAAAAAGCAAUACCAUUAGGUACUAUUGCUGCACAGCUAACAACAAGUUUUGUUUAUUUGUCCGUUAUAUUCUUGUUUGGCGCUUCAUACAAUCCAUUAUUUAUACGUGAUAAAUUUGGUGAAUCACUGGGAAAAGAAUUGGCUGUAACAUUAAUAUCAUGGCCACAUCCAACAAUAAUAUUAGCCGGUGCAUUAUUGUCCACAUUUGGUGCUGCAUUACAAUCAUUAGUUGGUGCACCACGUUUACUACAAGCAAUUGCCAAAGAUCAGAUUAUACCAUUUUUAGAUCCAUUACAAUAUGUUAAUAAACAUGGUGAACCAGUUAUUGCUAUUGCUGUUUCAUUGGCCAUUGCUGAAGGAGCUAUUCUGAUUGGAAAUCUUGAUUUUAUUGCACCAGUAUUAACAAUGUUUUUCUUAAUGUGUUAUAUGUUUUUAAAUUUGGCAUGUACAGUACAAUCAAUAUUACGUACACCAUCAUGGCGUCCACGUUUUAAAUAUUAUCAUUGGUCAAUAUCAUUAGCUGGUAUAUUUCUUUGCCUGUUGGUUAUGUUUUUAUCAUCAUGGAUUUAUACAUUAUGUGCAAUGGCAUUAGCUGCAUUUAUUUAUAAAUAUAUUGAAUAUCGUGGUGCUGAAAAAGAAUGGGGUGAUGGUAUACGUGGUUUAGCAUUAAGUGCUGCACGUUAUUCAUUAUUAAGAUUGGAAGAAGGUCCUCCACAUACCAAAAAUUGGCGUCCACAAUUACUUUGUCUAGUGAAAUUGAAUCCCGAUACAUUGGAAUUAAAAAAUCCAAAAAUCUUAACCUUUGCUUCACAAUUGAAAGCAGGCAAAGGUUUAACAAUUAUAACAAGUGUUUUAAAUGGAAAUUUUGAAACCGAAUCCGGUAUUGCUCAAUCAGCUAAACAAUCAUUACGACAUUCAAUGGAUAAGGAAAAAGUUAAAGGAUUUGCUGAAGUUAUUAUAACUAAAGAUGUUACACAAGGUUUAAGUCAUAUAAUACAAACAGCUGGUUUAGGUGGUUUAAAACAUAAUACCGUAUUGAUGGCAUGGCCACAUAAAUGGCGUCAUUCAACAUCUAGAGAUAAACAUAAUCGAUUUUUAUCCGUUGUACGACAUGCAACAUCAGCAAAUGCUGCAUUAAUUGUUGCAAAAGGUUUAAAUAUGUGGCCAGAAAAUAAUGAUCGUUUAGGUGGAAAUAUUGAUAUUUGGUGGAUUGUUCAUGAUGGUGGUUUGCUCAUAUUAUUGGCCUAUGUACUAUCACAACAUCGUACAUGGAAAUCGUGCAAGUUACGAGUAUUUACCGUAGCACAAUUAGAAGAUAAUUCUGUACAAAUGAAAAAAGAUUUGGAAAAAUUUCUUUAUCAUCUAAGGAUAGAAGCUUCGGUUGAAGUUAUUGAAAUGAGUGACACAGAUGUUAGCGCCUAUACAUAUGAACGAACUGUAUUAAUGGAACAACGAACACAAGUUUUACAAGCAUAUGGUAAUGAAUUAUCAGUUAUUAAUUCAAGCGAAUCAAUUAAACCAGAUGAAUUGAAUGUACGAAGAAUGCAUACAGCAGUAAAAUUAAAUGAACAUAUUAUAAAUAAAAGUCAUGCAUCAAAAUUGGUUAUAAUAAAUAUGCCUGGUAUACCAAGAAAAAUGACACCAGGUAGUGAAACAAAUUAUAUGGAAUUUAUUGAAGUACUUACUGAAGGUUUGGAACGUGUUAUAUUGGCUAGAGGUGCUGGCCGUGAAGUGAUUACAAUAUUUUCCUAGAAAGAAAAUAGGAAA